AUGGCUGUGGUGCUGUUCUUCCCCCGAUCCAUCUCAACCAAAGCAGAAAGACCCUGGAGCGAUGUUGUAGUAGCUGAGGUGGGCACACCCGUCACCUUGGCUUGCUCUGAUUGGCCACUCAGGGGCUCAGUGAAACUCAACUGGUAUUGGAAGCCUGACGGGCUGGACAGCUGGAGCCUGGUCAUGUCUGCAAGUGAAAGGCAGCAGUUCUUGGGAGGGGCGUCCAAGAGAGACAUGCGAUUGGCCGACUCAAACUUCCAGAAGUCGGGAGAUUUCUCGCUGUUUUUCAAUCCUCGCUCUAAGGAUGGUGGGCGCUAUUCCUGUUUGAUAGAGCAGGGAGAGAGGAAACUGAGACAAAAAAUUAUACUGCUGGUCAUUCUCACAGUGAAAGUCAUUCCUCCCCAGCCUAUCCCAGAAGACAGUACUUUGUGCCUGAUCACAGAGGUGUCCAGCCACGAAGCUGUCUCCGAGGUGGCCUGGUUCUCCCCCCUCGGGCAGCCCCUGCGCUCGGAAACAGGCCUUUCGGGGGAGGUGGUCUGCAAACUGCCCCGGAUUGACCGGACGGAGCAGGGCAACUACACCUGCCAGAUCCAGCCCCUCGGAAACUGCAGCAGGCCCCUGUUCCUCUUCACCUACACUGUGACAAUCGAUGUUACCAAGGUAGCAAAGUUCUCCAACAUAACUCAUGGCCCCCUGCUCUCCGCAGCAUGUCUCUCUCGCACCCCCCUGCCCCUUCCUUGCACUUCUGUCUCGGGAGACUACGUCAUGCUCUACUGGCAGCACCCCGACUCGGAGAAGAUGGAGCGCGUCUUCUCCUACGACCGAUGGAGGCGGGGCUACAAGAACCAGACCAAGCCCCGCCUCCACCUGGCCAGCACCGACUCGGCCAAUGCCGGCAGCUUCUCCUUCCUGCUGUACCCCGAGCUGAGGGAGGGGGGCGUGUACCUCUGCGAGGUCUUCCUGAACGACAUAGUGUUCAGCCAGAGCAUGAGGGUCAGCGUCCUGCACGUCUAUGCAAAGUCCACUCCCUCGGCGCUGGUUCUCUGGUGUCAGUACUCGGAGCGUUCGCAGGUGAAGCGGGUCUCUUGGACCCACCAGAACCAGAGCUAUAGGCUGAGCGGGUUUUCCAACGCACCCGGCCGCCUCAGCACCGAGGUCCCGCUGCCACUCAAGCCCGAGGUGGCAGGGAAUUACACCUGCACGAUUGAACUCAAAAAUGGGAAGAAAGCCAGAGCUGUCCACACAGUCACACUGCCUCCUACUGUGAACACAUACCUCUCCUCUCCCUCUCUCCUCCCUUCACUCUCUGCUUUAGGGCUCCUGGUGCCCUUGGUUGCUGUGGCCGCCGGUGUGUUGCUAUGGAAACGCGGGCAUCGUAACACUCACCCCGGUAUAGAGCAGUCUCUAUCCCACUGCUCUGGAGAAGUUGAGAAUAUCUAUGAAAACCCUGAUGACCUGAGACAGACGCCCGCCCAGAGCGCAGUGUACAUGGACCUGAAGCCCACCAAAGACAAUGACGUCUACAAGGAGCUGGACAGAUAUGAGCAAUGUUCUUGCUGACCCCCGAGGUGUCAACGACUGCUUGAAGAAGAAUUCCUUUCCCCAGUAUAUACAAUACAUUUUAAAAGCUUUGAAGCUUUCAGUGCAAAACAUUCUCACUGUUUUUUAAUUUAAUUCCAAAAUAUUGCAUCAUACUUUUUGUCUGCUUACCAGAGAAGC